AUGUGGGUGAGUGCGGUGCGUAGCGCGAUGUUUGUGCCUAGCCGGGCGGCGUUUCUGGCCCCCCGCGCUUCUCUGUUCACUACCCCUCCCUCUAUUGCGCAGCGUGUGCGUUUUUCGAGCACAAAUGUGCCCGAAGAGGCGGAGGAGCAGCCCCACCCUACGUCUGCCGGUCCCCUGCCGAUUCGAUACCCCUACUUUGUUUCGCGUGUCGGCGUGAACGGAAUGAACCUGCCUGUGUAUACGGAUAUCCGCAACGCACGCAGCCGGUACCUGACGAAUAUCCGCAAGGUCGAGGGCGACGUAACCGCGCUCUGUCGCGACUUGUUUGAAGACUUUGGCUGGGGCGAUCCGUUCAACAAGCUGAACCCCAACGCUGAACUGCUUGUGCGCACGACGCAGCAGGCGGGAUCCAAAAUGAUUGUCAUCCGCGGCAACUGGUCGCGCGACGUCAAGGCCUGGCUCGAGGAGCGCGGCUUUUGA